UUCUGAGAGAUCCCAAGUCUCUUCCACAUUUCGUCACACCAGCUAAUCAUAGUCUGGUGUACCAACAUGAACACCUUCAAGGCUUCCCUGGACGACGCGUCUACAAUAAUUGGCGAUGUGAUGGAGUUCGUGGACACCAUGCACAGCGGUGACAGCAAUCCCAGCGCCACUGAGAGCUUAGGAAGUGAGAGUGACAGCAUUGAUGACGCCUCACACGUUGCGAUGGUGAGGACGGCGCCGGAACCGCAGCACAUGUCUGCGCAGCAGAAGGCGAAGAAGCCAGACAGGCGAAAACAGGGACCAGUGCCGUACACGACGGGGCUACAGCGGCGUAAAAGAAUCGAGCUGCUUACGCUUCGGCAAGAAGCUCAGAGGUUGAACGAACUGCUAGCUCAGCUCCAACAAAGGCGUCAUGAACACCUGGCGAUUGCGGCAGACUCUACUACCGGUAUUGAAGGUAGUAAUGGAUGGCGAAGUCUGGCGGCGAUCGAGUGCGAAGGACGUGAGCAAGCGGAGAGAACAAACCGCGAGUUGAAAGUCAUAUUGGCAAAUCAACAGAAGACAGGUGAGGCUAUUCGAAAAAUACUUAGGAAGCGUGGUGUUUUGGAGGGUCGCAACUUUGUUUUCCAGGUGAAGCCUGUUGUAGAGCGUUUUCCAUCCCGUCUCGACUACAGCGAUGCCAUUCUGGGAGAUUUGGCUAGCGGUUUGGAAUCUCUGCGACUGGAUGCGGAAAUGAUUUUUCCGACAAUAGACGACAAGCACUGCACGAUCAUCUCCCACAGUCGAGAUAAAAUGAACGCAUCGAAUGGGCAUCACGUGGCCGAAGUAAGUACCAUCACACCAUUGGCGUGCUCGAUGCAAAACGCGGGAGACCUACUCUGGCGCUUUGUUAGUACCGAUGUCGACUCAUCUUUCUACUCGGUACGUGGUGCGUUGCUGGUUCUCAUGGUGUGGUGGAGACUGACCUAUUGCUUUGGCUUCAUGACACUAGAUUCGCAAAACUAAUCCCUACUCGUUCGAAAUGAAUUGUGUCGCUAAAUCUCGUGAUGGACCUCAAAACAUCGACGGUGUAGUUAUUUAUCGCCGCUACGACGAGCACAAUAGCAUUGUAGUCGUCGGGAGAUCGACGUGGUUUUUCCCGACUGGAGGACUUCAGUUUGAAGACACAGCCUUAACAGUAAUUUCGCCAUCGUCGUCAGAUCCGUUGCGCUGCUGCACUGUUCAAACGCGCUAUGAGUUGCAAGCCAAGAUCACGGACCUCUCAGUGCUGCCAUCAGAUUUUGCACAAGUCGAGAACGCCGUCAUGUCGUCGGUCGGCAGAAAACUGCGCAACGCCAUGCAAGCGCUGCAAAAUGCUCUUCUCAGCGAAGUGGAAUUAGGAUCAUGUCAAGCGCUCUUGACAUGAGUGCUUCAUUACUUGCCACCAUAUUUUACCCGAAAAACGCUACCACUGGUAACUUACGAGUAGUAUAUGAGACCCCGCAAAACAAAAGAAUGCUUGUUAUUAACCAUUUGUUGAAGUGCGA